AUGACUUCAACUUUAGUAACACCCGGUCAGCGAAUUGGCUCCGCGCAAGAGUUUAAAGCCGGACCAGGGACAUACACUCGCGGAAACUUUAUACACGCUAGUUUAUUUGGACAAAAAACGUUGGAGCAGCCUCAAGCUUCGGAGGGGCAGUUACCGACUUUAUCUAUAGUAAGGGAGAAGCAACGAUGGGCCGUUCCGCAAGUUGAUAGUGUUAUAACGGGCAAAGUCAUACGAAUAACAACAAAAGAAGCCGUUGUUUCAAUAAUGGUGGUUGAUGUUCGCGCUACUGAAAAAGAUAAAGUCAAAAUCUGCGAUUCAUUUCGGCCCGGUGAUAUCAUAAGAGCUGAAGUUGUUUGUAUUGGGGACGCGCGAUCCUAUUAUCUAUCGACCGCGAAAAACGAAUUGGGGGUGAUUUAUGCUCAAAGUGUUGCAGGUGAAGCUAUGAUGCCGAUAUCUUGGCAAAAAAUGCAGUGUCCAAAAACAAAAGCAAUAGAACUUCGGAAAUGCGCGAAACCUUUUUGA